GAGUAUGGCGCCACAAUUGAGAGAACAUUCGAAUAAUAUCCUGGAACAUUUGAAUCCUGUAUUGAAUUUUCCCGCAACCGAAAAUGAUUUUCUUACACUUUCUGAUAUGGAAAUUUGGAGUAGCAGUGAGUUGGAAUCAGAGGAUGAAAAUAAUGUUGCCGAUUGGAAUGUACCUGUACAGAAUGAUCUGAUGGAUCUUUUGAUCAAAGUAACGGCAACGGAAAAUCUACUGACCGUAACUCAAGUUCAACUCAAGGUUAUCACAAGAGAAAUAAGCCUUCAGCAGUUGAGUAUAUAUACUCCAGCUCUGAGAGAAUUGAUAUUAGAUGGAAGUGAGGUCUCUUCACUGAGAGAUCUGGGAUGUGAGCUUAAAAACCUGAAAGUUCUCAGAUUGAACAGAUGUAAUCUUCACUAUUUGGACUCAGUUUCUGGUAUUGAUCAGCUCGAGGAAUUAUAUGCCGCAGAUAAUCAUCUAACAGAUAUAUCCUCUUGUGCAUUUCUACCAAGUAUAAAAGUUAUUGAUGUGAGGAGAAACUUUAUCUCAACGACAAGGUGCCUCUUCUUUCUGUCUGUGUGCUCAGAGCUACAGCAUCUUUAUCUGGAGGGUAAUGAAGUGGCUGAAACGAAGAAUUUUGCUGGAGAAAUAAGGGAACAAAUACCAACUCUCAAGUUUUUGGAUGGUCAUCCUUUACAAGGCAAAGAGAAGGAGGCACUUCAUGCUGGAUCGGUUGGAAUAGAAGCACUUCCUGAAAAAAUAGAGAAUAGAGCUCCAUCGAGGAAUCAUCGAGAUAGAGAAACUAGAAGAUUUAUAAUACAAUUCCCACCAAAGCUUUUAAUAGAUUCCUUAGGAAAAUCGCCAAGAACUAUGUGAAUUAUAAUAA